CCAUUUUGUCGGUGCGUAUGGUCCCGGUUAGUCGACGCCGGUGUGGAAUAGUAUAAUUCUUAUUUGCUGGAAGUUCGCGCGGGAGAUCUCAGUGGCUGUCCUUCGGCGGCGUUUCGUUAUCGUCAGCGUGGAAACAGGCGGCGGCACGAGCGUGUGAAAACAGGGCAAUCGCGAUCGCUUCACGCGUUAUUCAUAUCGCGGCACCGCGAAGCACGCGGCCGACCGGCGUGUAUCGGGCAAAGGCGUAAAAACCGACUUGAUCGCAUCGCCGAGUUCACCUCACAAACACGAAUAGAGCAUCUUAGGCAAAAUGGCGGAACUACAGGGCACCCCGGUGACACAGGACGCCCUGGCCGUGGCGCAGCUCGAGCUCGAGGGAAAUCCGAAUGCUUUAGCCUUACGUAGGCCAUUUGACCCGGUGGCGCAUGAUCUCGAUGCAUCCUUCCGCUUGACGCGUUUCGCCGAUCUAAAAGGAUGAGGGUGUAAAGUCCCUCAGGAGAUUCUUGGAAAACUCCUUGAGGGACUGCAGGCUGAUGACGCGUCCGCACAGGAUCACGAGCAUGCCCACUUUAUGCACAUGGCGAUUCCUCGAAUUGGCAUUGGCAUGGAUUCCUCCGUGACUCCAGUGCGACACGGCGGGCUUAGCUUGGUGCAAACUACAGAUUUUUUUUAUCCCCUAGUUGAUGAUCCUUAUAUGAUGGGUAAAAUUGCGUGCGCCAAUGUCCUUAGUGAUCUGUACGCGAUGGGAGUCACGGACUGCGACAAUAUGCUGAUGUUACUGGGAGUCAGUACGAAAAUGACAGAGAAAGAACGCGAUGUGGUCGUACCGUUGAUCAUGAGAGGGUUUAAGGAUUCUGCUUUAGAAGCAGGCACGACAGUGACAGGUGGCCAGACAGUUGUAAACCCCUGGUGCACCAUAGGUGGAGUUGCAACUACCGUUUGCCAGCCAAAUGAAUAUAUUGUGCCAGACAACGCUGUUGUGGGAGAUGUGCUGGUCUUAACAAAACCUCUUGGUACGCAAGUCGCCGUUAAUGCACACCAAUGGCUCGACCAGCCAGAUCGUUGGAAUAGAAUUAAACUAGUAGUCAGUGAGGAGGAUGUGCGAAAGGGUUAUCAACGUGCAAUGGAUAGUAUGGCCAGAUUGAAUAGGACAGCUGCUAGAUUGAUGCAUAAGUACAACGCACAUGGGGCCACAGAUGUGACGGGCUUCGGUCUUCUGGGACAUGCUCAGAAUUUGGCCAAACACCAAAAGAAUGAAGUCUCCUUUGUUAUUCACAAUUUGCCUGUUAUCUCGAAAAUGGCGGCGGUAGCGAAGGCGUGCGGUAAUAUGUUCCAGCUACUACAGGGUCAUUCGGCUGAGACCAGUGGCGGUCUACUUAUUUGCCUUCCUCGAGAACAGGCUGCGGCGUACUGCAAAGACAUCGAGAAACAGGAAGGAUAUCAAGCGUGGAUUAUUGGCAUUGUGGAAAAAGGUCUCCGCACUGCCAGAAUAAUCGACAAGCCGCGAGUAAUCGAAGUUCCAGCUAAGGAGAAGGAUGGCGAGCUCUGGUAAAAGGCUAGGGCCGAGAGACAUUUGUGCGUUCGCCUCCUCGAUUAUACAUAUACCUGAAAAAUAGCACAUGUACACAAUCGACAAACGCUUCUACAUGCACCGUAAAAUGAAUUUUUAACAAUCUCUAUUUUUGUUUCCGGCUGGGAGUCAUUUGAUAGACGAUAUUAACGCUUCGAUUAUUGAAUCACAAGAAGUUGAAGUUAUCAUUCAUUGCAUGACUUGGUCAAUAAUUAAUAAUAUAAUUUUAUUAUGAUCUAUCAGGUCUAUCUAAAUUCACUUCAUAUAUGUAACUAAUCAAUAAUUGCGUCACAUAUGACGAUUUUGGGUGGAAUCAUCUCAGAAUCUAGCCUGUUUGUUUUUUCUCUUAUUUAGCAGAGUUAUAUCGAGAUGCAACUAUUUGAUUCACGAAACAAAAAUUUGGAGAGGCCUGUGUUUCAUGUAUUUCAUAGAAUGACUCUGGUUUAAUAAUUAGACACGUCGAUAGCGAAUGCCACAUCACUUUUUUUUAAAUCUGCAUAUAGGAAAAAAAAACCUUUUUUUACUUCUCUUUUUUUCUUUCUACAUUAAGCCUAUAUAUAGACUGCAAGUUACAAAAGAGGCCUUGUUCGAAGUAUUCGAAUUAUAAGUUUUGCAAUUCUGGAAAAUAUAUCUUAGAUCUUUGUAAUUCAUUAGUAAUUAUUUGGAUUUUCUACUUCUCUUUUGAUUAACAGUGAUACUUCACUGGAGUUACAAAGAUUAAUAAGAUGUAUUUUACAAGUUGCACUCGUAUAAGCGAAACUUAUAAAUUCGAGAAGUGUACGUUUUAGUGAACUACAAACGAUUGUAACUCACGAUAACAAACACAGUGAUUUUGCGCAGAAAGAUGAGAGUAAUAUAUGCGCGCAAUAACAAGCUUACGGCGUCCACAUUUUCACAUGAGAUAUAAUCUAAAAGUCUUGAGCAGAGCAUCAUAUAAAUAUACAGAAAUAGUGUCCAAAAAACAAUGGCCUUCUAAUUGUCUCUAUACAUACGCUUUAAAUGAUUCUGGAGAAGAAGAAUUAAUUAUUCGAAUGACGUCUCUUUGUGUUAGCAUGAUAGAAAGGGAGAGAAAUCAAUGAUCACUAAUAAAUAGAAAGAUCUAUAAAAUAUAUUCUGCAACUAGGCCCUAACGUUGUAUUACUUUUUCAUAUGAAUAAAGUGCUACUUUGUCAAUAAAA